UACCAAGAUGGUGAACACAUCACAAAACGAAAGUGCCUUCCCACACUCAUCUGCUUCUGCUUAGUGGCAUAAUUUGUUAUUUUGUCUCUAAAAUGGACGUUGAAAAUAGAAAUCAACCAUCUCCCACCUUUAUCAAGAUAAUAAAUGUUUACAGAGUGAUUAACGUGGUGAGCCUAGGAAUAAAUAUGAUAGCUGCUGGACUUUGCUCGGUUCCUGUCGUCCUCGUUUUAAUCAUUUGUAUCUUCUCAGCUAUUGGUGGUGUCGAUUGUCCUGUUAAAGAAAGUAGGGCGUGGGACAUUGUUGCAUUGAUACUCUCUAUCAUAUUGUGUAUUUCUAAUGAUGUUGGGUUUGUUUUAUUUCGGAUAAUUGAUAAAGCAUUGAAAUCUGAUGGAACAGGAAACACUUCUAGCAAUAUCAGAAACAACAAGGUAAAUCCAACCGAGGGAGGAAAUGACACUCAGAGAAAUAUAGAUCCACCCCAACAGAACAAUAACAUGAGUGUUGAUUUAGAUCCACCCCCACAAAGCCGUAAUGUGCCUAAUGAUUUAGAUCCGCCCAAACAAAACAUUGAUAUGCCUGGUGAUUUAGAUCAGGCCGAAAAGACCCUGAAUAUGCCUAGUGAUUUAGAUCCGCCCAAACAAAACAUUACUAUGCCUAGUGAUUUAGAUCCGGCCGAACAGAUCCUUAACAUGCCUACAAGUAGUGAUUUAGAAUCGCUCCAGCAGAGCCUUAAUAUGCCCAGUAAUUUAAAUCCGCCCAAACAAAACAUUAAUAUGCCUAGUGAUUUAGAUCCGGCCAAACAGAACAUUAAGAUAACCAGUGAUUUAGAUUCGCCCCAACUGAACAUUAACAGGAAAAAUGAUUUAGAUCCACCCAUACAAAAGAAGAAGAAAAAGAAGAGAAAGAAAAGAAGAUCAAGUGAUUGAUUGAGAAUAUAGAGUGAGAUGACUGCUGUUUGUUUUCACCAUCUGACUUUAGAUCAAUAAAUAUUGUCACUAUGUCUAUG